AUGAUAAAUUAUCUGUCGUCGGAUUAUUUGCUUGUUCAUAUCUAUCUAUCUAUCUAUCUAUCUAUCCCAGUCUGUUCAUAUCUAUCUAUCUAUCUAUCUAUCUAUCUAUCUAUCUAUCUAUCUAUCUAUCUAUCCCUAUCUAUUCAUAUCUAUCUCUAUCUAUCUGUUCAUAUCUAUCUAUCUAUCUAUCUAUCCUAUCUAUCUAUCCCAGUCUGUUCAUAUCUAUCUAUCUAUCUAUCUAUCUAUCUAUCUAUCUAUCUCUAUCUAUCCCAUCUGUUCAUAUCAUAUCUAUCUAUCUAUCUAUCUGUCUAUCUAUCCCCAGUCUGUUCUAUCUAUCUAUCUAUCUAUCUAUCUAUCUAUCUAUCCCAGUCUGUUCAUAUCAUCUAUCUAUCUAUCUAUCUAUCUAUCUGUCUAUCUAUCCCAGUCUGUUCAUAUCUAUCUAUCUAUCUAUCCUAUCUAUCUAUCCCAGUCUGUUCAUAUCAUAUCUAUCUAUCUAUCUAUCUAUCUAUCUAUCUAUCUAUCUAUCUAUCUAUCUAUCUAUCUAUCCCAGUCUGUUCAUAUCUAUCUAUCUAUCUAUCUAUCCAUCUAUCUAUCUAUCUAUCUAUCUAUCUAUCCCAGUCUGUUCUAUAUCUAUCUAUCUAUCUAUCUAUCUAUCUAUCUAUCUAUCCCAGUCUGUUCAUAUCUAUCUAUCUAUCUAUCUCUAUCUAUCUAUCUAUCUAUCUAUCUAUCUAUCCAUCUAUCUAUCCCAGUCUGUUCAUAUCUAUCUAUCUAUCUAUCUAUCUAUCUAUCUAUCUAUCUAUCCCAGUCUGUUCAUAUCUAUCUAUCUAUCUAUCUAUCUAUCUAUCUAUCUAUCCCAGUCUGUUCAUAUUCAUCUAUCUAUCUAUCUAUCUAUCUAUCUAUCUAUCUAUCCCAGUCUGUCUAUCUAUCUAUCUAUCUAUCUGUCCUAUCUAUCUAUCUAUCCCAUCUGUUAUCAUCUAUCUAUCUAUCUAUCUAUCUAUCUAUCUAUCUAUCUAUCCCAGUCUGUUCAUAUCUAUCUAUCUAUCUAUCUAUCUAUCUAUCUAUCUAUCUAUCUAUCUAUCUAUCCUAUCUAUCUAUCUAUCUAUCUAUCUAUCCCAGUCUGUUCAUAUCUAUCUAUCUAUCUCUAUCUAUCUAUCUAUCUCUAUCUAUCUAUCUAUCCCAUCUAUUUAUCUAUCUAUCUAUCUCAUCUAUCUAAUCUCUAUCUAUAUCUAUCAAUCGAUCAUUCUUCUAGUUUCUUCAUAUCUAUCCCAGCAUGUUCUAUCUAUCUAUCUAUCUAUCUAUCUGUCUAUCUAUUUAUCUAUUUUAGUCUGUCCUCUUGUAUGUAUCUCCCUAUCUCAGCAUGUUCAUAUCUAUCUGCCUGUCUAUCUAUCGAUCUAUUUCAUCUAUUAUUCUAUCCCAGUCUGUUCAUAUCUAUCUAUCUAUCUAUAUAUCUACUAUCUUAGUCUGUUCAUAUCUAUCUAUCUAUCUAUCUCUCUAUCUAUCUCCCAAAACUAUCUAUCUCUUGUGUGUGUGUCUCUCUCUCUCUCUCUCUCUCUCUCUCUCUCUCUCUCAGUCUAUCUAUCUAUUAUUCUAUCUCUCUGUAUGCUCAUAUCUAUCUCAAGAUUCCUCUCUCUCUCUCUCUCUCUCUCUCGUAGUAGUAGUAGUAGUAGUAGUAGUAGUAGUAGUACCAUUUGCCAUCAACAGUUAUGUUCCAAUGGCUUCUUCUUUGGAGGCUACGUUAAAGACAGUGUCUGUCAUAGAAACGUUCAAGAUCUCAAGAAAAGAAUAAUAUGCCAAGCCAUAUUCAGCAUUGCCGAGAAGAUACUACAAGGCACGGAUGAUAAUUUAUGGAUACUCUCUCUCUCUCUCUCUCUCUAUCUAUCUAUCUAUCUAUCUGUCUGUCUGUCUGUCUGUCUGUCUGUCUGUCUAUCUCAUACGGCUGUUGUUCAUUCUAUUUCCAGAAAAAUGAACUUUGUGGACACUAUGUUUAAAAUGCUAGAAAAAUAUUCUAAUGAUUUGGAAGACAUUGUGAGGGAGAGAACCAUGUUGCUUGAAGAGGAAAAGAAAAAGACAGACGAACUUCUCUACCGAAUGUUACCUUCGUAA